GACCCCACCAAGCUGCGCUACGGCUGUGGUGUGGCGACCGCCGCACAAGUCAACAAGGUGUCCAGUGACCUUGCAGCUCUGGAGCCCAAGGUCAACGCCGCCGCCGCCCAGGCCAGCUCCCUGCAGGCCACCGUUGUCCAAGGCAACAACCAGACAGUGGCGCUGCUCGCCGAGAUGGACGAGCUCAAAGCGGCGGCCGCGGCGCUCAGAGCCCUGGUGCAAAAGCUGCAAGCCAGCGCAGCCAACGCCACCAACCUGGGCCCCAUCACUCAGGAGCUCGCCGCUCUUGCAGCGGCCGACACACGCACCGCCCAGAAGCUGGCCCUGCUGGAGGCGGCAAACCAGACCGCGGCCCAGGACAUCGCGGCGCUCAAGUCAACUUCGCAGCAGUGCGCCUGCGGCUCCGAGCUGUCGGCUGUCAACACCUCCCUGGCCGCCAUCCAGUCGGUCCAGGCGGCGAAUGCUGCGGUGGUCUCCCUGGCCAACACCACCGUGGAGUCCCUGAAGGCCACAGUCACCACAGGCGCGGCAGUCAUCGCCUCGGUCAACACCAGCCUCGCCACCCUGGCAGCCACCGUGGCCAACGUGUCUGCCAUUGACUUGAGUGUCUACGCGAAAACUGCGGACCUGGCCAGCAUCAACGCAGUCAGCCUGGGGGGCGUGCCUGCUGCGCAGUACCUGCGCUCGCGGGUGGUGAUCUACGUUGAAUCUUCGACAACCAGGAACGGAGGCCGUGGCGGCCGGUCUGGUGCGGACGCCUUGUGCAGCGCCUCCAUCAACCGGCCGACGGGGCUCACCCAGGUGCACGCGUUCCUAUCGACAUCUGCAUCUGACCAGAUUGCUGAUUUCCCCACAAAGUAUGGUGUCCCCAGCGGCCUGGCAAUCGAGUCGCCCAGCGGCGCCGUCCUGGCCCGCAACUUCACAAGCAUGCUGGGAGGCAGCAUCCUGCAAUCCUUCAAG